AUGUUUCCACCACAGCAAAGGACAUCUCUCGACAUCGAGGCCCUCUCCGGCAUCUGUGGCUCUAUAUCUAUUGCUUGUUGGGUGGUGGUCUUCUCACCUCAGAUCAUCGAAAACUUCCGACGAGGAUCCGCCGAAGGAUUGUCGAUUGUCUUCAUUGUGGUGUGGCUCGCCGGAGAUGUGUUCAACAUCCUCGGAGCGAUUCUUCAAGGCGUCUUGCCUACCAUGAUCAUCCUGGCCGUCUACUACACCCUCGCCGACAUUGUCCUCUUGGGCCAGUGUUUUUAUUAUCGCGGAUUCACAUUGACUGACGACGUCCCGUCGGAGACUCGGACUCGCAAUGCUGACAGCAGCAGCGAGACUCGUCCUUUACUGCACAGUGGUUCUGCCACGCAGCCGCCUUCACGAGAUGAGAAUGAGCGGUCGAGUUCAAUCUCUCAACUUCGUCGACAUCUCUCGAUCGAUGGCACACAUUUGUCACCUGUCACACCUCUGAUUGAGCCGCCCAAACCCAACGAUCCGCGAGCCGUCCAAUACGCCAAACCCGCCAGUGCAUUACAAGCUGCCGCAUUCAAUACCUUUGCCAUUCUCCUGGUGUGUGCCGCCGGCGUUUUCGGCUGGUGGAUCGGUGCCCAUAAAUCACGACGUCAUCAUCACACCAAGCAAGAUGAACCGGAGCCGCUUGAAUUCGACAUGCUCGGACAGAUCUUUGGUUAUCUCUGCGCCGUGCUCUACUUGGGAUCUCGGUUGCCACAACUCCUCCUCAACUACCGACGAAAAAGCACGGAAGGCGUCUCAUUGUUAUUUUUUCUCUUUGCCUGCAUCGGAAAUACGACCUAUGUCAUGUCAAUUUUGGCGUAUUCGCCUGUUUGUCGAGAUCCGGGAUCGUGUCGGCCGGGAGAGGCCCGAAAUAUUUAUCUUCGGUAUAUUGCUGUCAAUGCCAGUUGGAUUGCUGGCAGUUUGGGGACGUUGUUGUUGGAUCUGGCCAUUUUUGUUCAGUUCUUCAUGUACCGGAACGAUGAUGUUGCGGUGGUGGAUGAUAGAAAUUGA